AUGGAACCACAGGAAGACCUCCACUCCAAAACCAGCCCAAACAGAGCUUCCUGGUCUAGAAGCCAGCCUUCCUCCAGCUCCUUCCUGAGAAAUAGAGAAGUACAGAUUUUAGGAACAAGACUAGAAGAGAUUGACAGUGUAGUCGAAGAGAUGGAAGAGUAUGAAGAAAUGAAGAGAGAUGUCAAGGGAAAGAAUAACAGCUCAAAACUUGAUGAGUCUAAAUCUUCUUUACAAGACUCCAAAACUUACUCUGACUGCUAUGAAAACAUAAUAUUUUAACAUGCUAGAAGGAGGACACCGAAUCGGUCCUCACAACUGCUUAAAUAUAUUCCUCAGCAACACUUACCAUCAUCCGUUCCUAACCAAACUGAGCAAACUUCACCUCCCCAAACUAUCCAAAACAUUACUAUGCGACCUGACUAGACCAAGCGGACACAUUAAACGAUUCCUAUCCCACUGCAUACUUCCAACCAAUCUCCAAAUUCUUUCACUAAAAUGUCUUAACCUAAGCCCAAUUACUGCUUAUCUCCCUUCACUCAUAAAAUCAUGCCACAAGGCGACAAGCUUGAUCGACUUGGGCCACUUCGUGCUCUAUGGGCGAGAACUGAAGAAAUUAUUUGUAGCAGUGAGGUUAGUGAAGACAGUGAGGUUCCAGCAGUGUAGGAUUGGGAUGAGGGAGAACGGGAGGUGGACGAGGGCUAUGAGAGGGAGUUGUAUUAAGGAAAUAGAGCUAUGGGAUUGAGAAAAACCUGAAUACAGUAACUGGUCAUCGGACAAGUCAGGGUUAAGUCAUCUAGCAAAUUGGUUUUCCAAUACAGAUCUUCGGGACACUCUAAAGGAAGUUGGGUUUGGAUAUACUCAUCUGCUGGCCAAGAGAGAUGUUGAAGAAGUUUUUGAGGAAAAUGGUCUUGGCCAUGUUCAAAUAACUGGAAAUUUUGCCUAUGAUUAA